GAAAGAGAAGGACAGAAACAUAAUAACCACAUAAAAAACCGAACAGCAAGAUAUCAUCAUGAGUAACUCUGUAAGCAACCGUUACUUCGCCGGCAAGCUCGAGCGGAUUCAAGAGCAAUAUGAGGAAUUCCAGAGUAAACCCGAGGCUCAGAAGGAUGUCGAAGCGUACCUGAACCAGACCGAAGACCACCAAUACGCUGAAUAUGAAAAAUGGAUCAAGCAGAAGACGGUGUUCACUGACUAUAACCAUGCUCCUGCCGUCCUCGUCGAGGGCGAAAACGUGCUCUUGAUUGGAAACCACAACUCCUUCAACACCGUCCAGUACCCGGAGGACCCAGCCAAAGCAGGCAUGUCGAUGGUCCACAUCCUAGGAAUUCCCAAGAAGCCACUUUUCAACGGCGUGUCGCUGAACCACGAAACUGUAUCCGUCAUCGACGAGGUGGUGAGCUUAUUCAAGGAAUGCUGGGAGUUCCCCGACUUUCGCGAUAGAGUCUCAGACCACCAGAGGGAAGCCAUAGAAAGCCGGACUGCUACAGGAUUGUCGGCAAAACAGAAAGCAGGGCUUGAUAACCAGCCGGUUCUAGAAGCGGGAAAUAAAGCCAUCUUCAACUGGGAGGAACUAGCGGAACAGAUCGAUUCUUUGGACUUCGACGACUUCACCUUCGGUCUCCAUCUAUGGCCCGACCACAGCAUAGGACACCUCCACGUGCAUAUCGUCGCCACGCCGGACUGGUGCCGCAGGUACAGCACCCUCAAGCACGACGAGAAGACAAAGGACGCCCUUGAAGUUCGCGACUUCAUCCUAAGCCGUGACCGUCCUUAAGUUCUAGACGUAGAUAACAUAUAACGUACCUACCUAGGUAACUAGUGGUAGAUUGACCCAGUUACCUUUUUGCCGGCGCCUCAGCUAAUCUAAUAUAUUCCACCG